CGUGGGGAGCUUACGUCAGUUUCUACAACCUGAACACGGGUGAAAACUACGUUGAGAAAUUUGAAAAUGCUGGAAAAAGUGACGGGGUUUCAUGUCUGGCAGGGCAUCCGGUAUACAGUGAACAAGAGUGAACGCAGCAUGCAUUCUUCUCCUUCUAUUCGCAAAGGCUAUCAAUUUUCCUAUUCAACAGGUGGUCUCAAUGUUCGCGAUAGCAGAGAGACAUCCGAAUCCCAGAGUUUUGAUCUUCGCAUACCCGAAUCUAGACAAAGUUUCCACCUGCAGCGACGGCGCUCCGAACGGGUUUCUGUCGAGUGCAUUUUCAGGCACGGAAUACCUCGUCACUCUCUCGUCCUUUCCUCAGUUCGAUAUCAUCCUCUGGCAGUGGAGAACUGGCGAAAAGAUGGCCGUGAGGAGCACGAGUGUCUCAGACCCAAAGCAGCUCAUCAAAUGCUCGUCGAUGGCGCCCUACACUAUAGUCCAACUUGGCUCAACGUCGGGGCGAUUGGUGGUCCACGAGAUCAGCGUCUGUUCAAGAAUAGCGUCGCUUCUACCAACGGAGAUCAAACAGGUCGACGAGAGGAUUGUCUCUGUCAGCUGGACAUUGGACGGAAAUUUGCUGGUCAGCGACACGUUGGGAAGCGUUUGGCUGAUGACGAGCGAUGGAAGGAGACGCAAUAUGAUCAUCCGAAGCGAUUUGACGCCGGCGCACGUUGCCGGUCGGAAAACACCGAUGGUUGUGGCAGUUCAAGGAGGGAUUCUCGUGGUCAACGCGAACUCCCGAAUACGGUUUUACAGAAGAUCAUCAUCAGAACACCGGCAAAGCGACGUGGUUUGGGAGUCGCGAUGGGAACUCAGGGCUCCUUCACAUCCCACCAAGGCGACAGUACACUGGCAAAGGAAUAGCGUUAUCUUCUAUGGCGAGCGCGGUGACUUUUGGGAAAUACCACUCGAUGAUUACAGCAAAGCUCCGGUCCUCGACCUGAAGUACAGCCAUGGAUCCGGCUACCUGGUUAUCGCAUGGGCUUACCCUGGAGCCCAGAUGAUCACGUCGUUUGACAAAUUCGGGCAGUUGAAUGCCUUCGAGCCAGCGACUGGUAUUUGCACGGGAAAACUUUCUCUGAAAGACGAGGGUCAAGUUCUAUGCGUCGUGUCCCACCCUGACAUACCGAUUAUCGCGAUGACCACCGAUGCUGGAAAGUGCUUGCUGAUCAGCUUGUACAGGGUGGCCGACCCUGUCCUGCUCACGUCGUUUCACCUGCACGAACAGCCCCUGGACAACGUUAAAUUCUCGUACUGUGGCGGACUGCUGGGAGUCGCGAGUUCGAGAAGCGGGGAUUUUUUUCUCAUCAAAGGAGAGCCAGGGUCUCAGAUGUACGUGCAAAGCUAUCUGGAGACGCGAAAACAGGCGGUAGAUUUUCUGCUCUACGAAGACGCGGACGGAGGCGCCAGGCUUCUGGUACUUGUGGUAACGAGUACCGCUGCGACAGUCGGUGAUAUGAUCAUCGUGUACACCCGUAAACCUGGAGAGAAUCUUUUUGCGGAAGAAAAAUACGCGGUUGAGCUACUGAACGCAUUUAAAUCGCUAAAUUACGGUCCGAGACAUUCCAGCGACGUCAUCGGGGCUCCUUAUCUAUCCAGGCAACUACACAGGCUGGAGAUCCAGAGCGACUUCAAAGGUAUUCGUCUCAUCCAGGCUCUGCCUUCCGGCCAUCAACUACGAAAUCCUUGGGUUUACACAGACCGUCAUCACGUGGUGACGGCCGGUUAUGACGGCCUGGUUAUCGUCAGAGAUGGAGUUAACCUCGAGAAGGUAAUCGCGAUGUUCGCACCGCAUCAUCGCCAAGAAGGUGGAACGAGAAUGGCCAUAGCUUCACCCUGCGGCUCAAUGAUCCUAUCUCUCGGCCGAAACGGAACUUUGGUGGUUACCGAACUAAGCUAUCGUGAACCAAAUGCCAGAGUGCUGAAUAAAGCAAAUGUCAAGCUGGAUUCCUCGGAGAUCCAACGCAUGUUCUCCAAGCCGACGUGGGGAUUCGUACCGGAGGAUAUCGAGGACGAAGGUAAAAGCUGGGUCGCAUGCCAGGAGGCGAUCAAGGACCGGACGGAAAAACGACUGUCGAUUGCGGCCAGGAACGCCAUCAUGAAUGACUUCGAGAAAUUGAAAGCCCAGGUAAAGGCUCUGCUGGACGCGAACGAGAAAGCAGAUCCCAAGGAACAGUUACCCGUACUGGAGUUCGAUCUGGACAAGAAAGGCAGAGAGCUUAAGAUUCAGAAUGCUGCUAAGGAUCGCGAAGAACUGGAGGUUUGGACGGAGAAACAGAUACUUGAGGAGGAGAGGGUGGUUUCUUUCGUACUGAAAACAUGCUGGAAGCCUAUGAUGGUACAAGCCCGGUCUAUUCGUGCCAUAUUUGGCGAUACGUGCGUCGACAAUUACCCACUGGCGUUGAAGAACGGGGACCAAGAGAAAGAGCACAAGUGGGCCCACUACGCGAAGACACUCUCCCUCGAGAUAUCUAACCUUGACCCUCCAUCCGGAUCUGCACAAAGAGAAAAAACUGUCUCAGUGUUUGAGCUAAGCAAUGAAGUCGGUGAUGAUGCAGAAAACGAGGUACAGCGCGUUCGGAGAACGGAAGCCCUCGCGAUGACGGGGACCACCACACAUCGAUGGGUAGCACGCGAUCCCAUCCAUUUCAAUCAGCUCCAGACGUACAACUACAUCCAGGGAGCGAUGGAGUGCGUUUUUAUACGAGAAGAGAUUGACAAGCUGAAAAUUCACUUCAACAAACUAUUCGACGAAAUGAUGUCCACAAAGGAGCAACAGAUGACUGAAAUCGCUCAAAGGAUAUCAAAACUGAGACACGUCGCCAACGAACUUUUAACUAUGUUCAGACUGAACUGUAAAGCUGAAAUUAUGCCGGACCCCGUCUGGGACCAAACGGAGAAACCGGAGACCAUAAUUGUUGUCACUGACGAAGAGAUCUCAGUCAGACCGUACAUGACACCAGAAGAAAAGAAAAUCCAGGAGACGGAGCGUUUGCAGGAAGAAGAACGCCAGCUGGAACUGAUGGCGGAUGACUUUCGUGAAAAGACUCUUAUGGAGACUAUGGACGGACUUUUGGAAGUCAAGUGGGAAGAUGACGUCAAGAAGGACGUGCCGAAACCUUUGUGCUUGAUCGAGAAGGAUCCUGCCCAUUAUACCGAGGAGGAGGUCAAAGAGAUAAUGGCCUACGAGGACAAGGUUCAGAAGCUCAAUAUCGAACGUGACCGGUAUAGAGAAUUACUUGAAGAGGAGUUUCGUCAGACUACGAGCAGCAUUGAAGAGAGCAUUAAAGUGUUCAACGAAAAGCUGGACGCCUUCUCGGUCGAGAAGGUAAAGCUGGAAUCCGCGAUUCUUCAGGAAACCUUGCGACUACUUCGUUCCAAAUGGAGAGACCUCGAGAAGACGCGUCGAAUGGAGAAGAUACUGGAUCUAAAAGACAACGAACUUAUACCAGCGACGAGAUACAGUCAGGAAUUAAUGGACGAGUUGGCAACGCUGGAGGUGGCAGUAGCGGACCUGAGGAACCGAUACGAGGCACUAUGUAAGCGAGAAAAGACUAUGGACGAUAAGUUUCGGGGUGAAUUCGUCGACCUGAAGCCCCCGAUUGUCGAGCACUUGGCAAGACACUACAAAAAACGUCCGAAAGCGGGAAAGACCUGCACGUGUACGUCGAUUACCUUCCUCACAGAAAUUGGCAGAUGUGUCAUCACCGGAGACUCGCCCGAGGUCUUGCCUCCCGAAAGCAUCGAGUUUUUGAAGGGUCUGCACCGCCUUGACAUCAUGCCAAGCAACCUGCCACCCCAAAUUGACGGGAACCAUUGGAGUUACCUUUGCAAGUUGAGAAGGACCAAAAUCGAAACAGAGAUACGGGUGAAAUGCUGUGCAGUGGAACUUGCCGAGGCUGAGCAAACCGUCGCUUUGUAUCAGAGAAUGAUCGUUACCAAUCAAAAUCGCAUUGUUCAGCUGAAGGAGGCCUUGAAGGAACAUCGUGUAUCUAGGCAAAGGUUUGUCGAAGACAUGGAGGUUCAGCUGGUGUUAAAGAUGGGACAGGUCGAGGUCCCCGUUCUCCUUGGCAAAGUCAGCGACUUCGCCGAGGCGGUUUUAGUACCUGCGGAAGAGGUGAACGCCGUAAACGUCGCCAUAAUCAAAGAAGGACGGCUGAAACUUUCCGCUAUGAAAAGAACGAUGAGUUUUCGCAGAAUAAUUGUUUGCAAGGAGUGGCGACACGCUUACAUGUGUAAAUCAUUGGAGGAUCUCAAGGCAGAGGUCAAAGUCCUCGAGGACGUGAAGGUAACUAAGGAGAUACAAGAGUACACGCGAAAGUACGCUACUAACGCCUUGAAGGAUAAGGACGUGAAAAUAACAUUCGAGAGAGACAUCGAAUCGUUGAAUCAAUGGUAUAGGAGGAUGGUCGAGGCUGAAAGGAACAAUCUAGAGAAGAUAAGGACGACGAUAAAGUAUCGGAGAAGAGAAAACGUGCGGCUGGACGCGAUGAUAGAAAGGAUAAGCCUGGCAAACGCUCGUGAUUCUGCGCAUGUUAAGAAAGAAGCGAUGGACAAAGAGAAUAAAUUCACAAAGGAUAGAAUGGAGGCUAUCAUGAAGAGGACUAGAUUGGUUAAGGACGUGCAAGAUAGCUACAACGAGCUCCUCGUCUUGCAAUCCGAAUUAGAACUCCUUAGGCUCAAGACCUAUCCUACGUUGAGAUUCAAGUCUGAAGGUCGGAAAGAACUCGCGACAAGUACGACUAGAUCUGCUCGUAUGAAUAGAUAAAUGGAUAAAUGAAUCGCCUUGGCCUUUGAUAACCCCGCGUCGUGGAUAUAAGUUCAACAAUCUUUAUCGAUAUUCAAGCCUUUUUUCACGUAUGAAUCGUUUCCUCGCCUUGAUCACGAAAAAAUCACUGUAUAAUGUAAAUAUUAUUUCUAAGAGCGAAAAAGGAGAGUGCUAAAAUCAUUGAACAAGGAAAUUAAUUAACACGGUCUGUAUUUGUGCAUAUUUUGAUACAUCGCGAAACUCAGCACCGGCCAACUUACAUCCCGAAAACUGCAGUAAUCUCAAAAGGCACGUUUCGUAUCAACAAGCUAAUUCGAUAUGCACGCAUGUCUUCAGCCAAUCGAUACUUCUUUUUAAAUUAACGCCAAACACUGAAAUAGCUUUCCUUUAUUUCGUCAUAGAUCUGCUCAAACCUCGAGGUUGAUAUUUCACCAAAGACAGCGGAUUGCAGCUGACUGCAAUACUCGGCUUUUGCUUCCUGACCUUUCCCGACGUCUAAAAACAGUAAUACCAAAGCUCAGUUUCCUCGUUAAAUCGUGUCCUUUCCAAUCGAAACGAAAGUGAUUUCUUCUCUCCAGAUGGCGGUUAAUUGUAAAUUCUCAAUUAACGACCAUCGGGUGAAAAUGUAGUCGGUCAUCGUCAUUGAGCGGUAGUGUCAAAGCAUGUAAAAUACAUCGUUAAAGAUAAGGGAAAAAAAAUGACAAGUCGUGUGCAAAUUUACUCCUACUACUUUAAAUCGGAUGGGCCCGCAAGUAUCUUCGAGAAAUUCCGUCCCGUCCGCACAGGCUGUCUCGUUCCAUCUCUCUUUUUCCGGUUAAUUAAAAUAUCUGCCUGGCAACCGAGUCUGAUGGAAUAAUCUCGCUGUUUAAAACAGGUUCGCGCAGUUGGGAAUAAGCUCCGAAUGCAUUAACAAGCACUGCGUACAAGUAUGUGUCACGGGUGUGAAGCAGUAUUUUUUAUUUCUUUCUUUCUUUAUUAUUUUGCUGCAAAUAACAGAUCAGAGCUGGGGAAAUCCCGCGUUAAGUCGGAAGUUAUCACCAAACGUAAUAUGGAUGUUUUAUUUUGUUUUGAUUUCCUAUCGACUAUACAUAUAAAAGCAAAUUAAUAUACCGUACGGGCAUGGUCGAAGGAUGAAUCAAGUAAGAGAUCGUUUUUCCUUUUUCUGCUCUCCAUCCGACCGAUCGGUAUCUGUAAUUCAAACAGACGUGCGACCGGGUUUCAACAGCACAAAAACACUCACACCUUUAUUUUCGCAGCAUCAUUUGUGCGCAGUUUGCGCAUUGAGGUAAAAUCGGGGACGACGGCGUGUCGAACUUGAAUUGCACGCUCAGUCACGGGCAGAAUAGUGAAUGCUAAUUGGGUUGGGUUCCUCUGCCUGAAUUCAGGCCCAUCUAUCAAUGUCGAAUUACAAUAUCCGUCGAUGCAACAAGGCGUAAAAUGGGAAAAAAACCACGAACACAGCCUCGAGAAAAGACGGCUGAUUCGUAAAGAAAUCGAUUCACUUGUGCAAGCAGAAAUCCUCGGCCGCGUCUUGGAAACUCUGCUAUAUCGCGGUGGGAAUAAAAAUGACCGCAACAUUUCCCAACUGGAAAACUUUGUCGCGUAUAACGAACAUCCUCCGUCUGCGUCGAAGCGCAGAAUUGCAAAGGCAAGGUGAAAGAAAUUGAAAACUGGCGUUUAAUAAAUAGAACUGCGGAGAACGCACCGAGGUCAAAAAUCAAUAUAAAACUUAUGCAAUUCAUUACGCUCGGGAUUUCUCCGUUCGCUUAUCUCUUGGUUGAAAAAAUCUGCAAAUAACUUUCUUACGGUAAACAGAAUAGUUGCAGUAUAUCUAUAAUCACACUGUUUUUUUUUUCGUAGCGAAAGAACGAGGUGAUAAGAGCUGGAUGUAAGAUAAGGUCACAAAUUAGUAGAUGGAUAAAAUUCAAUACAUACCAAAUUUACAAAUCAGCUAUAUAAUCGAGUAACCGAUUGACCUGGAGACCAGAAACUUUGCAAAUUAUACCCAAAGUGCGCAUUCGUGUGUACAAAAGCGCGUCAGGAAUGAUGGACGAAUCGAAAUUUUGGUCCCGAAUCAUUUGGCGAGGAUUAAUGAAAAUGCCUGUGUGUAUUGGUUCAAUUGGUAAAGCGUCCAGAGGAUUGCCUCUUCCUGCCUCGUGUAUUCAAAUAAUAUUAUACCCACAUAUGCGUCUGUUAUACUGCAGGAGCGUUAGGAACGUCGAUUUAUUAUCCAAUACACAUCGCGCUAUGUGCGUAUACUGUGUAUGUACAUACAUAGGCAUGAGCGAAGUUGAUUAUUCGAGUUCGACUGUUGUGUAACAAUCGUAUUGAAAUAAGAAAAU